AUGGCAAACACUGGAACUACCGAUUUAAGUUGGCUACCUUCCGAUGCAGAUGAGCAGCUAGCUUUAGGAUUUAAAAUUGUGACCAAUGCAUAUAAAACAAGAGUAACAUCACAAGAAGCAGAAAUUAGAUCUUUAAAAGGACAGCUUACCGAAAAACUCGAACAGUUAUCGUCUAUUCAAAAAAAAUACAGCAAUUUGGAAGUACAACUAAUUGAAUCAACUCAAAGAGGAAAUCAAUUAUCCGAAGAAAAUAAACAACUAAUCUUUACAAUUAAAAAAUUGAACCGAGAUAUCGAUAGAUUGGAAAAUCUAAAGAAAGCUGUUCUUAAUUCGAUUCAAGAAGAGCAUGAUGUUGAAGAUGCUCAUAAGUAUUACUCAGCUGAUGACAUGCUUCAAACAACUGCCCCAAGAACGAUGCUUGAAAUUAACGGAAAUGAUGACACAUGCCAAAACUUAAUAAACAAAAUUGUUAACUCUGAUGCUCAUAGUAUUAUAAAUGGAAAUUUUAAUUCCCCUUAUUUAGGAAAUACACCUGUGAUUGAGAAAAACACAGACGGAAAGGCAUUUUUUCGUAAUGCACGAAGUAGAUUAACAUAUGAACAGUUUAAUCAAUUUUUAAGUAACAUAAAAAAACUAAAUAAUCAUCAACAGAAAAGGGAAGAAACAUUGAAAAAAGCUCAAAUAAUAUUUGGGGAAACAAAUGCAGAUUUAUAUGAAGAAUUUAAAAUAUUAAUAUCAAAACAUUCAUAA